AUUUCGACAUCAAAAUCGUUUCUGGAGUCGUAAACUGCGUUUUGUGCUGUGUUGACUACAUAUUUGCGAUCACGAUGACUGGCCGUGGUAAAGGUGGAAAGGGAUUGGGAAAAGGAGGAGCGAAGAGACAUAGAAAAGUAUUGCGUGAUAACAUUCAAGGCAUUACCAAACCUGCCAUCAGACGUUUGGCGAGACGAGGCGGUGUUAAGAGAAUCAGCGGAUUGAUUUACGAAGAAACUCGUGGCGUCUUGAAAGUGUUCCUUGAAAACGUCAUUCGUGACGCGGUCACUUAUACUGAACAUGCAAAAAGGAAAACUGUGACAGCCAUGGAUGUAGUUUAUGCUUUGAAACGACAAGGCAGAACGCUGUACGGUUUUGGCGGUUAAACUACGAAAGAAAAACCAAUUUUACUUACAAACGGCCCUUUUCAGGGCCACCAAAUAUUUCUUAAUGUGUGAUACAUUCUCGUUUGUACUUCUCGUUAUCCUAAUCCCGAUUAAUCCUAAAGUAUUCUUACCUAGUAAUAAACAUAAAAUUUGUCGAAAA